AUGCUCGCCACGGCACUGCGGCUGCAGGUGCUGAAGCCGCACGCGACGCUCUCAUGCAUCGGCGAGGCGCUCGGCGGCUGGUCUCUCAGCCCGCACAACCUCACCUCGCUGCUGCUGGUGCUGAAGCGGCGGAGGCGGUGGCGGCAGGCGCUGCUGCUGGUGGAGUACGCCCAGGCGAGCGGCGUGCCGCUGCGCACUAUGCACCUCAACCUCGCCAUCUCUGCCUGCUCGCGUUCGGCGCCGCGCCGCGCGCUUGCGCUCUUUGCGCAGAUGGGGAGCGGUGAGGGGCUAGCGGGAGGGGUGGCGCCGGACGUGGAGGCGGGGCUGUCCCCGUCCGGCAUCUCGUACAACACUGCAAUCUCGGCGUGCGCGCGCCGCGGCGACUGGGAGGGCGCCCUGUCUUACUUUCGCGAGAUGGAGCAGCGGCAGGUCGCGCGAAACACAGUGACAUACACUGCCGCGAUCGACGCGUGCGCGCGGGGCGGCGAGCUUCAAAAGGCGAUCACGCUCUUUACGUACAUGGAGGCUCGCCGCCGCCGCCAGCAGACGCCGCCGCCAGCAGACGGCCGCGCCGCCGCACGGCCCCCUCUCCCCACCACGCGGCUUGUGUGCGGUCAGGUCGCCGGCAUCAAGCGCAACCCGGUCACGUACUCCGUCGCCAUCUCUGGCUGCUUGCGCAAUGGCGAGCCCCAGCGCGGCCUCUCUCUCUUCGAGCAGAUGCUCGAGCGCAAGGUGCCGCCCGACGCGGUGGUCUACAACGCCGCCAUCUCGUGCGCUGGCCAGCUCCGCAUGCCCGAGCGGGCGCUCGCCCUGCUGUCGGAGAUGUCAAACCAGGGGCUGCGCCCCACCGCCGUCUCCUACGGCGCUGCGAUCGCCGCUUGCGAGAAAGGCGGAGAUUGGCGGACCGCCCUCGGCUUGCUCGACCGCAUGGAGAAGCGCGGCCUGCAGCGCAACACGGCGCCCCCUCUCCUCCUCUCCGUGUCCCCUCCGGCACUCUCUCGGAGCCUCCUCGGGCUCUCCUUGCAGGUCGUCUUCUCGUCGGCAAUCUCCGCCUGCGGCAGCGGCGGCCAGUGGCAGCGCGCGCUCGCGCUGCUGGCAGAGAUGGCAGAGCUCGGCGUCGAGCAAAACACGAUCACGUACAACGCCGCCAUCCAGGCUUGCGAGCGCGCGGGGCAGUGGCGCGAGGCGAUUCGGCUCUUCGACGCGAUGGAGGCGACGGGGGGAGGUGGCCAGUUCGAGCUAGCAUACGACUACAUGCGCGCCUCCGCCAGCUUCGACUCGCGCUGA